AUGGCCUCCCUUGCUGCAGCAAAUGCAGAAUUUGGCUUCGACUUAUUCAGAGAGAUGGAUAGCAGUCAAGGAAAUGGAAAUGUAUUCUUCUCUUCCCUGAGCAUCUUCACUGCCCUGACCCUAAUCCGUCUGGGUGCUCGAGGUGACUGUGCACGUCAAAUUGACAAGGCACUUUACUUUAAUACCCCGUCAAGACAAGGAGACUCCUCUAACAACCAGCCAGGACUGCAGCAUCAAUUGAAAAGCGUUCUUGCUGACAUAAACUCAUCUCAUAAGGAUUAUGAACUCAGCAUUGCCAAUGGGCUUUUUGCAGAAAAAGUGUUUGACUUUCAUAAGAAUUACAUUGACUGUGCUGAAAAGUUAUACGAUGCCAAAGUAGACAGAGUUGACUUCACAAAUGAUAUAGAAGAAACCAGAUAUAAAAUUAAUAAAUGGAUUGAAAAUGAGACACAUGGAAAAAUCAAGAAGGUGUUAAGUGGAAGCAGCCUCAGCUCAUCGGCUGUCAUGGUGCUGGUGAAUGCUGUUUACUUCAAAGGCAAAUGGAAAUCUGCCUUCACCAAGAGUGAGACCCUCAACUGCCAUUUCAGGUCUCCCACGUGUCCUGACAAAGCAGUUGCUAUGAUGCAUCAAGAACGGAGGUUCAACUUGUCUACAGUUCAGGACCCACCCAUGCAGGUUCUUGAGCUCCAAUAUCAUGGUGGCAUAAGCAUGUACAUCAUGCUGCCCAAGAAUGACCUAUCCCAGAUUGAAAGCAAGCUGAGCUUUCAGAAUCUAAUGAACUGGACCAAUAGGAGGAAAAUGAAAUCUCAGUAUGUGGAGGUGUUUCUUCCUCAGUUCAAGAUAGAGAAGAAUUAUGAAAUGAGGCGCCAUUUGAAAUCCCUCGGGUUGGAAGAUAUCUUUGAUGAGUCCAGAGCAGAUCUCUCUGGAAUUGCUUCUGGAGGCCGUCUCUAUGUAUCAAAGCUGAUGCACAAGUCAUUCAUAGAGGUCACAGAGGAGGGCACCGAGGCCACUGCUGCCACAGAAAAUAACAUUGUUGAAAAGCAGCUCCCUGAAUCCAUAGUGUUCAGAGCUGACCAUCCCUUUCUGUUUGUCAUCAGGAAGAAUGGUAUCAUCUUAUUUAUGGGUAAAGUCUCUUGCCCUUGAAAGUCCCAUUGGGUUCCCAUAGAGUAGUAGGGAUCAAAUAACAUCUUCAGCGGAUAGAAUUUUAAUUGGAAGUGCAUGGCUUUGUUUUAUUUUGUUUCAGUUUAUCAAUGCUCAGCAAAUGAUAUUGGUGAUUUGACCCUUUUCAAAUACCUGGUUGAUAGUCUCAACCUCUGCUUUCAUCAUUUCUACUUCAUUUACUUCCCUCUGUCUAAUGCCAUUGGCUUUCUACCCACAAUCUCCACUACCAUUAUUUCCAAAGGCACGUCUGAAAACAUAGGUUCUUGCUCCACUAGCAAGGAGAAUGCAGAAACUGCCUGGAGGGCCUUCUGUUCAAAUGCUUCAGGUGUAGAGAUAUCCCUGCUUCAUGAUACAGUGAUCUGAGAAGUAAGCCCAUUUGUUUCCUAGAAAUCAGUGUGAAGGAUAACUCGUCCUUGCUGACCAAAAGGCACUAGAAUUUGCUUUAGUACACUUGACUUCCAAUCACUGUAUAAUCCAGAGGCUCAAAAAUGCAGAAUUGAGA